AUGAAUCAAUUAAAAAGAUUAUCCAUUGUAUCUACUUUUCUAUUAUUUUUUUCUCUAUUGAAUGUAUCAUGUUUUAGAGGUAACAAUGGAACUAAUGUAAUAUCAUCGCUUCAGAAUGAAAGUCAAAUUUAUGAUCACUUAAAUAAUAAUAUAUCUUCAUUUAUUUUACAACCCCAGUCUUUAGAAAAGAUUGGUAAUGAUUUGGCUGAUACUAUUGCUAAUGAAAUAGUUAGUGCGUUGCAAAACGAUUCAACAUCAUUUUUACAAGAAAAAGUUAUAUUUGAUAUAAAAGGACAAAUAAAAAGACACGCAAAAGAAGUAUUAAAAGAAGUUGCAAAAGCAGGAAUACAACCAAUAGAAGAAGUAGUAGCUUCAUCAGUUAAACCUCCAACUAUUUCACCUCAUGCAUACCAAUUAUUAAAGCCAAUACUAAAAUCUCUCUUUAAUAAGGUAGAAAAUUCCAUAAAGACAGAUGUACCUGACACUAUAUGGGAUUACGAAGGAGAAUCAUCAAAAGAAAAUGAAGAAGGAGAAGAAGAAGAAGAAGAAGAUGGCUUUGAUGAAUUAGCAGACAGUAUGAUUAAUGAAAGCUAA